GAGCUGCCCGAGCCGUCGCCACGCUCGCUGGACCUCGCACCUGUCUCUAUAUGAUCGGGAUUAAUUAGGAGGUCGCAAAGAAACGAGCUGCGAGGCCUCUACAGAAAAAUCACACCAGCACAAACAUGAGAGACCGACUGGGACACCUGCAGGAGGCCCAGACUGAUCCUGAAGGUUUCAGCGCUGUGGACCUGAACGGCCGCUCAGAACGCGAAGACUCCAACCCGGAUCUGGAUGGGAUCCUACAGCAGGCCCAGCGGAUCCGUCUGGAGAUCCAGCAGAUCCAGAACGACAUUGGCGAGCUAAAGGAAGUGAACUUCCAGACGUUAAACAAGACUUCAUUUCCCGAUGUCACGAAGCGAGACUCCAACACAAUCGGGAUGGACAUCAAGCGCAGAGGGGAAGCCGUGUUGCAGCAGCUGCACGGGAUGAACGACCUCCGGGGUCAGCUGGAGGACCAGCGGGGCUCCUCUGACCCCGCGGCCCGCAUUGCUCGGACCCAGUACCACUACCUGAGCGCCGCGCUGCGGGAGGUCAUAUUCGGCUACAACGAGGCCGAGAUGAGCCACAGCGAGGCCUGCAAGCGCCACAUCCAGCGGCAGAUGGAGGUGGUGGGGAGGGAGGUCAGCGAGACGGAGCUGGAGGAGAUGAUGGAGGGAGAGGAGCCGCGCGUGUUCAGCAUCCAGGUGGGGGGCCAGACCGCCCGCUCGGCCCUGGUGAGCAUCGAGAGCAGACACCGGGAGCUGCAGGAGCUGGAGAGGAGGAUCGAGGGGAUCCAGGAGCUCUUCUUGGACGUGGCCAUGCUGGUGGAGGAGCAGGGGGCCGGGAUGGAGAGCAUCGAGAGGAACGUCCAGAGAGCCGAGGUGACCGUCCAGGAGGGCACGUUCCAGCUGGACAGGGCCCUCGCUUCGGACAAAAACAACCCCUUCAAGAAGAUGUUUUGUGGCUGUUUUCCGUGUUACAAAAAAAUGCCUUGAUUUGUGAUGAGGAAAUAACAGAUCUGGUUAUGACGGUGCUUAUUUUACACACACGGAAAAGAUAAGCAGCAAAUCCAAAAACCUACAUGACAGGAAGUAUAAGAACAAACUGCUGUGUCAGACACCAAUAAGCUACUGAAAACCUAUUUCCACAAUGCAUGCAUAAGUAAGACGUUUUACCAACUUCUUCAAAAUUCAUGGUUUUAAAACUAUUUUGGACAGUCUGGAUGCUACUGUCUAGGGUUUGUAAACUUCUCAUUUAAAGUGAAUAAAAUUUUGUGCUACUAUAUUCAUCUAUUUAAGCAAAUAUAUGAAGCAAGAGAAGCAGUUGUCAUUCAGAAACCAGAUGGUUGUCGAAGAAAUGAAGAUGCUUUGCUGUAAAAUUUGCAUAUACAUCUCUGAAAAGAAGAAAGCUAAAGGUCUUGUGAAGGAGCUGAUUGAAGCUGAUAGUAUUCAAAUCAACUCAAUUAAAUAAAAAAAAAUGCUUAGUUUAUCCCAAAUGAAAAUGAAAUAUUGUAACUCAUAUCAUCCAAGUAUCUUUAAAUGGUAGUGACCACUGUUACAUUUGCAAACCUGCUCGGUAGGAAUGGGACAAAAUCAAAAAGGUAAAUCUAAUAAGUACUGAAGGAAUGUAAGCCUCUGAAUGUAAAGAAAUUUUUAUUACUGAAAGACAAAGAAGCGCUUUCUGUAAAUUCUCAGAAUCUGUGGAGGAAAUAUUUCUACUUGUUUUUAUGUGGAACGCUUUGUUCUAAUUGAGCCAACAUUAAUUUUGUGCUGCUUUAAAUUUCCAUGCCUUUGACACUAAUAUUUUUAUGUAAAGAUAUGAAGUAUGUUGCAAUGAAAAGCAUUCUGUGACCAGCUUAGUAGGUUAAUUAAAAAAAAAAGAUAUGAAACAA